GCCUAGCACGGCGGACGAGGAGGGGGGACGAGGCUGGCAGCGACGCCGCGGGCUCGGCUCGCCCGUCUGGGCCCUGCGGGGCCACGCGGGGUUCAUCACGUGUGGCGGGCACCACGCGAUCCGGGCCAAGCGCGGGAGCCAGGACGGGCUCGGGCGGGAGCCGCUCGGGCCCUCGGGUGCCACCUGCGCCUGGCGCCGCUGCAGGACUCCGUAGGACGGGGGUCGCGGUCCCUUCUCGUCCCCUCCGGCUGCGGGGAUCCGGCGCCUCCACUUUGACCUUGCCUGGGACGCCUGAAAUGCUUCGACUACCCACAGUCCUUCGCCAGAUGAGACCAGUGUCCCGGGCACUGGCUCCUCAUCUCACUCGGGCCUAUGCCAAAGAUGUAAAAUUUGGUGCGGAUGCUCGAGCCUUAAUGCUUCAAGGUGUAGACCUUUUAGCCGACGCUGUAGCUGUUACCAUGGGGCCAAAGGGAAGAACGGUGAUUAUUGAGCAGAGCUGGGGGAGUCCCAAAGUAACGAAAGAUGGGGUCACUGUUGCAAAGUCAAUUGAUUUGAAGGACAAAUACAAAAACAUCGGAGCCAAACUUGUUCAAGAUGUUGCCAACAACACAAAUGAAGAGGCCGGGGAUGGCACUACCACAGCUACCGUUCUGGCACGUUCUAUUGCCAAGGAGGGCUUUGAGAAGAUCAGCAAAGGGGCCAACCCAGUAGAAAUCCGGAGAGGUGUGAUGUUGGCUGUUGAUGCUGUAAUUGCUGAACUGAAAAAACAGUCUAAACCCGUGACAACCCCUGAAGAAAUUGCUCAGGUUGCUACAAUUUCUGCAAAUGGAGACAAAGACAUUGGAAACAUCAUUUCUGAUGCGAUGAAGAAGGUGGGAAGGAAGGGUGUCAUCACAGUGAAGGAUGGGAAAACCCUGAAUGAUGAAUUAGAAAUUAUUGAAGGCAUGAAGUUUGACAGAGGAUAUAUUUCCCCGUAUUUUAUUAACACAUCAAAAGGUCAGAAAUGUGAAUUCCAAGAUGCCUAUGUUCUGUUGAGUGAAAAGAAGAUUUCUAGUGUGCAGUCCAUCGUGCCUGCUCUGGAAAUUGCCAAUGCUCAUCGGAAGCCCUUGGUCAUCAUUGCUGAGGACGUUGAUGGAGAGGCUCUAAGCACACUGGUCUUGAACAGGUUGAAAGUGGGUCUUCAGGUUGUGGCAGUCAAAGCACCAGGGUUUGGGGACAACAGGAAGAACCAGCUUAAAGAUAUGGCUAUUGCUACUGGUGGUGCGGUGUUUGGAGAAGAGGGGUUGAAUCUAAACCUUGAAGAUGUUCAAGCUCAUGACUUAGGGAAAGUUGGAGAGGUCAUUGUCACUAAAGAUGACGCCAUGCUUUUGAAAGGAAAAGGUGACAAGGCUCAAAUUGAGAAGCGCAUUCAGGAGAUCACUGAGCAGCUCGACAUCACCACUAGUGAAUACGAAAAGGAGAAGCUGAACGAGCGGCUCGCAAAACUCUCAGAUGGCGUAGCUGUAUUGAAGGUUGGAGGAACAAGCGAUGUGGAGGUGAAUGAGAAGAAAGACAGAGUUACAGACGCGCUCAAUGCCACGCGAGCAGCUGUGGUUGGCGCCACCGUGUGGUUGCUGGGGAUAGAACUCAGGACCCCUGGAAGGGCGGCCACUGCUCUGAACCACUGA